AUGCUGCAAGUAAAAUCUCAAAGCCUUAGAAAACUAAUUUUGCAAGGAAUCAAGUUUGACAAAAAUAAUCUUGCAAAUCUUGUACCGAAAAUAGAGGUUUUAUCAAUAAAGCAUUCCUUUGGAAAUCCUUUUGGAGAAGAUGAAAAUAAUUUACAAAAUCUUCAAAGAUUCGAAUUAAUAGAUAAUACUAUAGAAUUAAUUAGAAUUAUACUUAAGGCAAAAAGCAAAUCACUAAAAUUUUUUAUGAUAAAUGAGAAGGAAUUGAGUAACAAAGUAAAAGAGGAAUUUAUUUUUUUGCUUAGUCAAAAUUAUCCAAACAUAACUACUUUAUGCUAUGUGACUAAUAAUCUUAUGUUUUCUUCUACACUUAAAAAUUUUCAUAGUCUUUGUCAAUUACAAAUAGGAAGAUUUGCUUAUUAUAGUAGUCAAGAUUAUCUACAAGCUUUAAUCAAAUUUUUAUCUUGCUCUUUAAAAGUUCUUAGCUUACUUAAUAUUUAUGAUUAUAGUUACAAAAACUUAAAUUGGUUUUUUCAAGAGUUUGAUAUAGAAAGAGUGAAGUUAGAAGUGUUUAUAUUACCUUUUAAUAUUGAGCUUAAUCUACUUUCAAAUUUAAGAAAAAGCUAA